AUGAGUACGCCAGUAGUAGUAGUGCCCCGCGAUAACGUAAAUUUGCCACAUUUUUACGAGCAGGACCCAGAGUUGUGGUUUGCUUUAGCGGAAAGUGUGUUUGUGCACGCUAAUGUGAAUGAAAGUUCAAAAUUUCAUACGGUCGUUAGUAAGUUGGACCCGCGGUAUGCGUCAGAAGUUCGCAAUAUAAUUCUGAAACCCCCUAAAGAUAAUCCAUAUAGUGCGUUGAAAAAGGAAUUGUUGAAACGGUAUGGCAUUUCCGAUGAAACAAAGCUACGCCAGUUGUUGGAAGGUCAGGAAAUGGGUGAUAGAACUCCAUCACAGUUUUUACGGCACCUACGCUCAUUAGCGGGUUCAGCUGUUUCAAAAGAAAUGCUGAACCUAAUGUGGUCGUCGCGAUUGCCUACGCAUGUGCAAGCAUUAAUAUCUAUACGGGAAAACAGUGACAUAGAUUCGAAUGCGAAAGCCGCCGACACAGAAUUAUGGAAUUAG